AUGCUUGAUGGGUCAAGCCCCCAGGCUGGAAAGAUUUGGAAAAAGGCUCACCUAACCUUCCUAAUUGAUGGCAAACGCAUGACGGAAACCUUCCUAAUUUGCAACACAGGAACACACGCUGCCAUCUUAGGGAUUAAAUGGUUGGAAACGCACAACCCCAAAAUUGACUGGAACUUACAAACCCUCUCCUUCCCUCACAAUCCGCCAGAACAUGUGGCCAUUGCUGAAGAGGAGGAAGCUGACCCAAAUCCCCUAGAAGGAGUACCCUCCAAGUACCAUCAAUACGCCAAGGUAUUUGGGGAAGAAGAGUUCAACAAGCUUCCCCCCCACAGGCAUCACAAUAUUGGGAUUGAACUUACGGAAGAGGGCCCCCUCAACUUGCCCCUUUACAGCAUGACUGACGCCAAGUCUACCACACUCAAGGACUGGCUCAGGGACAAACUAAAAGCUGGGAAGAUCUGCCCACUCUGUGGUGCCAAGGUUUUCACUAAAUUGGAUUUACAAUGGGGCUACAACAACGUCUGUGUUAAGGAAGGGGACAAAUGGAAAACCGCCUUUUGCACCAAGUACGGACUAUACAAGUCCCUGGUCAUGACCUUUGGCCUAACAAACGCCCCCGCCGCUUUCCAGCACUUUAUGAAUGAACUGUUCAAAGACCUGUUAGACGUAUGCGUCAUCAUUUACCUUGAUGACAUCCUAAUUUACUCCAAGGAUGACGCAUCCCACGCACAACACGUUCACAAGGUCCUGAAACAACUAAUGGACAACCAGCUGUUCUGCAAGGCGUCAAAAUGUACCUUCCACAUCCCCUUGGUAGAAUACCUGGGGAUCAUUGUCUCAGAUAAGGGGUUCAGUCUGGAUAAGCUCAAAAUCCAGGCAGUGCAAGAAUGGCCGGUACCCACCAAAGUGAAGGAAGUCCAAUCGUUCCUAGGGUUUGCCAAUUUCCUCCGUCAAUUUGUUGCCAAUUUCAGUCACCUAGCCAGACUGUUACAUAAUCUGGUUAAAAAGGAUACAGCCUGGAAAUGGGACACCAAGGAACAGGAAGCCUUUCAGGGGCUGAAGGACGCCAUUACCACCGCUCCAGUUCCAUACUCAGCCAACGGCAAGAAGAUGGUUGUCUACACCCUCUUGGAAUAUUGGAAGGAAUCCCAAACAUUCAACCACCGCCAUGCCAGAUGGCACCUACUACUAGCCGGAUAUAACUUCCAGAUUGUGUACAGGCCCGGAAAACAAUCAGGAAAGCCAGAUGCCUUGUCACAAAGAGCGGAUCAUGCGGAUAUCCCACUGGAACCCCAGUCUAUGCUACCAGACCCAGUGUUUGCCAAUAUUGCCUUAGUCACACCAGAGAAGGAGCUGCAACAACAGAUCAAGUCAUCUCUAGAUCAGGACAAGUCCCUAGAAGAAAUCCUUCAAUUCCUCCAGAACAAGUCCAAAGCACCCCCUUCUAUCAAACGCGCGUUUAAGGAUUAUGAGAUGGAAGCAGGCCUGCUUUUCUACCAAGGACGCAUUGUAGUCCCUGACGUGGGAACCCUAAGGACAGAUCUACUGCGCAUCUUCCAUGACAGCCCCCUGGCAGGACAUCUGGGAAGACAACGCACACUAGAGUUGGUAUCAAGGAACUACUACUGGCCCGGCAUCCGUGCUGAUACAUAUUGGCAUGUGGACUCCUGCAAAACAUGCCAACAAAUUAGAAGGCCCAAAUACGCGUCUAUUCCACCCCAGCCCCUUGAACUCCCUGUUAGGCCCUGGCAACACGUGUUGUACAACAUGAUAGUAGACCUUCCUAAGGACAGAAGCAACAACUCAAUCCUAGUAAUUGUUGACAGCUUCACAAAGUACGGGAUAUUUGUAAAAUGUUCUAAGAAACUCAAGGCACCCAAGUUAGCGGAACUAUUCCUGGAAAACGUAUGGAAGCGCCAUGGCAUGCCGGAAAAGACCAUAUCCAACAGAGGGAGAGUUUUCAACAACAAGUUUCUACAAGCUCUAUACAAACGCCUUGGCAUUGACCCACAUUUCUCCUCCGCCUAUCACCCUCAGAGCAAUGGGCAGACAGAACGCGUCAACCCAUCCAUUGAACACUUCCUCAGGGUGUACUCAGGGGUAAACCAAAGGGACUGGACCAAAUGGCUCCCAAUGGCAGAAUUUGCGUACAACAAUGCCGUACAUAGCAGCACUGGCAAGACCCCUUUCAAAGCCCUGUAUGGGUGGGAACCCACCUUAACACCAUCAAAUGUACCAACAGACGUCCCGGAAGCAGACAAACUUGCCCAGACAAUGGAGGCCCAAUGGAAGGAAGUAGAAUUGGCACUCCAGCAGUCUAAACAACAAAUGAUGGCCAGAGAAGGAGGAAGCCCAAUGGAGUUCAAGAUUGGAGAAGAAGUUUGGCUAGACGCCAAGAAUGUCAACCUCAAGACCUUGAGUUCCAAGCUAACGGAACAACACCUAGGACCAUUCAGGGUCAUUGAAAAAAUCUCCAACCAAGCUUACCGCCUGGAACUCCCCCCAACAAUGAGGAUCCACAACGUAUUCUAUGUAGGACUCUUAUCUAGGGUCAGAAGGGAUAAGAAGCGCGCCUUUGAGAAUUGCCCCCCACCAGUUACUGUGGACAGAGAAGAAGAGUACAAAGUGGAAGGAAUCACCAAUGCUGAAGAAAGGAAUGGGAAGUGGUUUUUCCAAGUCAAAUGGAAGGGAUAUGGUUCCAAGGAAAACACGUGGGAACCAUGGGAAAACUUGAAAAACGCCAAAAAAAUCUUACAAAAAUACAAAAAAGACAUGAAGAAAAAGGCCCUUGGCGCUGCCAAGGCCCUUAGAGGGGGGGCAGUGUUGUAG